AUGAAAACAUCUCUUCAAGAAGGUGACCCUAAAGAGGGCUCAAACAACCUGCUCUUGUACACACACAGCAGACAUCGACGUCGGAUUCACACUCCUACAAUGAAGGAGCGCAACCCCGGAUUCAUGGAGUCAGUGCUGCCCACGAAAGAAAUGCCUAUUUCGAAUCCUGAGUUAAGUGCACUACGAGAAGAAGACGUAUCUCCGAUGUUAGACGCCAACCCACAAGACGGACCACAGCGCUCGACAUUUGGCACUGGCCUAGUGCAAGGGAGGAACACACCCUAUGCAUGGAGGAAUGCCUAUCACAAACAAAAACUUGCUCCGUUAAGUUUAGAUCCUCCACCAGUUAUUCUCAAUAGUUUCGGCACCUUUUCGGCUUGGAAUCAAUAUUCUACCGACUCGAAGGACUCCAAGCAUCGUUCGUAUUUGGAUAUUAACCUUAAUAAAUAUUAG